UGCUGCCCAUUCAGGCAUUGUGAGUCCCACACAGCACCUCCACGCUGCAGAGCAGCCCGGGCGCAGCAAGUGGCAGCCGCCUCGCCAGCCCACGACGGCCGGCUCCGGUUCUGCUGCUUCCUCCACUUCUGCAUCGCCACGAGCUCUGAAACUCCCCAAGGCUGGAGUGGAGACGCUUCCCCUCCCUCCGGCUUUGUCUCCGCGGUCCUGUAGCGAAACAGUGCAGCCCCUCGGGGGUUCCUGGUGCGAGGCCCCUGCCUCUGGACACAGGCUAAGAAGUGCCGGGAGGCAGAGAAGAGAGGCAGAGCAGGGAGUUGGCAUUCCCACCCCAUGGAGGCUGGGCUGUUCCUAGCAGCGCUGCUGCUCUCUUGCACACCGAUACGCACAAGUCCCAUGAGCGCUGAUGUUUGCACCCUUCAGCAGAUCAUGAAGGACAAGGUGUCUUACACAACAGGCAAGACUGUGAGUGGCUGUGUGAGCCGCAGCACCGUGGGGAGACCCCAGGAAGUCCACGUUCUCCAAGUGAAAAUGGAGAAGAUGGGGCACUUCCAGUUGAGUGUGUCCUCAGCAGGAAGGACCACCCCACCUGAGCGAAAGGUGCUGUUUGUGAUCAUCUGUGACAAGUCCUGUAGGGUGACAGUUCAUUCGGCGGAUCUGCACCCGACCUUUGUCUCGAAUAACAUGGUCAGUGGCGUCAUACGCAACGUGUCAAGCGCCUUCGAGCAUAUCAGUGAUGAGCUGCUUGUGCAACGAGUGAAAGAACACUAUGAGGGCAUCACGUCCUUCACCAAGCUGGAAAACCCCAACCACAUCCACUUCCGAGUGGGCGAAGAUGCUAGCAGUCCAGAAGACUGCAUCGUGCAGUCUGGGUUCAGUGCCCGGCGGUACCUACAGACCGAGUUCUUAGUCCAAGAGGUUAAAGGCUGCACCAGCCCCACUGCGAAGAAGGGGAAGGAGGCUCACAUCUUGCACGUGCAGCAGGGCCCAGAGGAGACCAGCUCUCAGCCCGUGGAGGUGAAGGUGAAUGUGGUCUGCCCCGAAGCAAAGCUGCUGCAGGAUCUGAAAAUACUGCUGAUCCUCCAAAGCCAACCCAACGUGACCUGGAACAUUGAUACGCAACGCACCGUGAGCAUCAUGGCGUCUGGGAAAUACUGGAUCACCAUAUUCCCCUCCAAGGCAUUGGAUGAGAAUGUCCUCCCUGACAAUGAGCAGGGCCUGAUUAGCUUGGCCCGCGAGAGAGGAUUUGAUGACAUAGCUUCAUAUACAGACAUCCCGUCUGCUACCCACGUGACCCUUGAGCUGCACAGAUGUGAACCAGAAGUGAAGACUCCACCACCAACACCUGCACAACACCCUGAGACCGUCAAUAUUGUUCAAGCAUUUUUCAGUCUGUCCCGACCGUGGAAGUGCAUGGACGACUCCAUUGAGAUAGUCAUGCUGAAGACGACCUUACAGGGUUUAAAUGUCCACGUCACGGAUAUCACAUUGCAAGACCCCCAUUGCAGAGCCGAACAAAACAAAACUCACUUUGUGCUGAAAAGGUAUUUGGGGGACUGCCACACCAAACUGGAGAGGGGAAGCCAAGCCAAGAAUAAGCUGAUCCUGACACUGGCUUCAUCUCUGGAGAAAGUCGAGGUGCCAUUGGAGUGCAAACUGCCACAGGAGCUCCAGUUGCAGCUUUACCAGACCCAGGACUUCAAGUGGCCUUCUACCACCGUGCUGGAAGUCAACAAAGCUGCUUAUGUCCAGGUCUCGUUUCGGGCAGAGAUUGCCCAGACUCACCUGAAGGUGGAGGAGUGCUCUCUGCAGGCUGCUGGCGAGGAGCCUCAGCAGCUCCUGAUCCAGCCUGUCACAGCGCUCAGCCAAGCAGUGACCGUCCUCAAGCCAACAGAAGCCACUCUGGGCCGGGAACUCCAUCGGUUCAGCUUUGUCUACAGCCUGGCUGGGGGAGGGCCCUUUCCUCCUUGCGCCAUCCUGUCAUGCAGAGUGACCUUGCCUUUCAACGACAGCACCGUCGAGAGAAAAUUAGAGGUGACGCUGCAGGACACCAGACCUCCACCUUCCAGCCUAGGGAUAGAAGCAGUCGUGGGGAUCACCUUCGCAGCCUUCUUAAUUGGCACGCUCCUCACCGCCGCGCUCUGGUGCAUUUACUCCCAUACCCGCCCCAUGGCCAAAAUGCAGCCGGUCUCCACCAACGCCCCAGCCUCCGAGAGCAGCAGCCCCAGUCACAGCGUCGGCAGCACCCAGAGCACCCCCUGCUCCAGCAGCAGCAUGGCCUAGGCAGCAGGCCACCCGGACACCCCCACCCCUCGGGGAGAGAGGGGCUGUCUGGGAGCUCCCGCCCAUGGACCUCAUCGGAGCCGCAGGCAGCUGAGCUCCCCGACCCAGGGACAGCUGUGGGGGAGAAGCCAGUGGGGCCCGUCCCUCGUAGCCUGCUCUGCUGGACAGGCACAGCGGAGAGGAGCAACCACACCCUCACUUUUCACGCACUCCGGGAGCAACACGCCCACCAGCUCUCCACAGCCAGAACUGAACAAAGGAAGGUACCAGCAGCAUGCUGAGGGCUGGGAGACCAGGCCAGGCCCAUGCCAGCCACAGGCUGGGAGCGUGAGCAUGAGGACUAGCAGCCAGCACGUCGGGAGAGCGGAUGGCCCAGGGAGCCUUUCACUCCGAGGCCAGUCGUUCUCUGCCCAGGAGCCAGAGUGCCCGAAAUCCCUCUAACUCUCUCCUGCAGCUGUUCAGUAGCCAGCCUGAGAGGGGCUGGGGGCAUCUGUCCAUUCCCUAAUGCAGAGAUGGCCCCACUGGAUCCCCCCUGUCCUGCCCCCUUUGCAGGCUGCCCCAGGAGAGGGGCCAAAGCCUGACGGGGGCGUAAGGCCUGAACUCCCCUCGCCGGGGUCCCCCAGUCAAGGAGUGGGCUCGGCUGGUGCUGCUGCUGCCUACUUCCCAGACUAGAGGGGAAAGGCCCCUGCUCCCUGCCAAUCCCUCCAGCUGAAGAAUCACCGUCGCCUCCCACGCAGCCCGUCUGCUGGGAUACAGCCCAUGAGCAGGAGCGGCCACUCGAAUGCCCUGCCACUCACAGCAGAGCUUAAGUCAGCAUGAGCCCAGCCCUUUGCCGCGGGCCUCAGCCUGGCAGCCAGUGGGCUCCAGAGCCAGCUGCUUAGACCCACUCCGACUGCAGCGGUUGCCAAACGCGGUCAAGGCGCUGCCGGUCUCCCAGGCCCACUGAGGCGCAGGUGAGGCAGCUGAAAUCAGCAGGUCCCCUCGUGGAACCUGGGUGCUCAGACAGCAGCUGUGUGACCGCACUCCGGCCAGGCAAGGGGAGGCUCCCAGGCCAGACGGGGUUUUCCUGCUGGAGGGAUUCGUUCCACCCCAGUCCGGUUCCUUGUCAGGGACCGACUCCUACAGAUCUGGGCAGGCAGCAGGGAAAGAUUCCUCCCCCAUGCCCUGGGGCUGCUGGAAAGGCGUGCGCACCCGCACAGCAAAUAGGAAGCUGGGAUUCUGCUCCCCCAUGACUGUGACGGGCAGGGAGGGCAGAGCUCGGGGCCCGGCCGUCGUGGCCCUUUCGGGCCGUGGCACACCCAGCGUUCCUUGCUGUACAUAACCCUCUAGCCCUGCAGUCACACAGCCACGGUGCCGAGGCGGCGUGUCAGUUACUAGCAACUAUGUACCUUUCCUUUUGGGGGGGGGGUUAGAACUGGGAGCCGAGCUGCCUUCAGCCUGACCAAGCGGGUAUUUACGUGUGCGCCAGGCACAGCCCAGGGCGAGGCGCGAGGCACAGCUGCGGGAACACGGGGGCCUGCGUGGCGAAGCCACAGGGGGAGCGUUUUCUGACUGGCGACCUGGCAUGACGGCGGGCGCCAUGCCUCUGCCCUGGGGCGAGAGGUGGGCUCGGGUCCUGCAGAGCCCCCCCACCACACACACACUUUAAACACCCCCCCCCGGUGCCCCCAGGGGGCUUGACCCUGACUGAAGUGUCACUGAUACCGCCCUUUACUAAACGUAACCCACCGGGAGACACCCGCUCUGGCAGCUCGCUGGCCUGUUUCAGGCCCCCCAGGCUGAACGCCUGGCCCUUGGGGGACUGAGUGUAAUUAAAGUCACACGUGGACCCCCCGAGCCGUAGCGCAGCUGGCUGGGAGUCGCGGGCUCUCAGCCGAGGGCCUGGCUCCACCGGCCCACAGACCAGGUUUGAUGCCCCCAGGCUCAGAACCAGUCUGAAUGGCGCCCACCGGCUGGGCCUUGCCCUCCCUCCCCAGCCCCAGGGUUGUGCCUCUGGUCUGUAAAUAUUUGUACUGACCCGUGUAACCAUGAUAACGUAUCAAUAAAAGUGGGUUGACUGGA